UCAGAGGGGCGGGGGGCACAGGGGUGAGACAGCUAGACAGGAAGACAGAUCCACAUCGAUGAGACCGAGGUAGAGAACCGCCAUCGAACUUCGCGGCCGCAGAGUUAGUUCGGUUGUUUUUCUUCUUUCCACCUUUAAGCGUCAUUACGCGCACCGAUUCCACUGCUCUCCAAGAAACCCCAAGAAGAUGCCCAAAUCCUCACCCUGCGUAUUCCCGUGGUCCUCCCUGUGGCUGGCAUCUUUGAUUACGUUGGUGGUGCAGUCGGUGCUCUCUUCCUCCUACUCGUCUUCUUCCUCUUCGUACCAGAGACCUGCAGCCGGUGAUAAGCGGCCGGGCUUCAUGGAGAGGACGUUGGUCCUCCUGGAUGUCAACACCCGCAGUCCGAUCAGAGUCCUCAACGACAACUUUCUGUCUUUGCAGCUGGAUCCAUCGAUCAUCAAAGACGGUUGGCUGGACUUCCUCAGCUCCAAGCGCCUGGUGACCCUGGCGCGCGGCCUGUCGCCUGCGUUCCUGCGCUUCGGCGGAAAAAGAACCGACUUCCUGCAGUUCAACAACCAGAAGAACCUCGCCAAGUUCAGAGGACCAGGACCGGACUACUACCUGAAGAACUACGAGGACGAUAUAGUGCGCAGUGACAUUGCAUUGGACAAACAGAAUGGCUGCAAACUGGCCAACCACCCGGACAUAAUGCUAGAGCUGCAGAGGGAGAAGGCUGCCACCACACAGCUCGUCCUGCUGAAGGAGCAGCUGUCCAACAUCUACAGCAACAUUACAAUAACAGCCAGGUCUUUAGACAAACUGUACAACUUUGCCGACUGUGCUGGUCUGCACCUGAUCCUGGGGCUCAACGCGCUGCACAGAAACCCGGACAACUCGUGGAACACCUCCUCCACCCUGAGCCUCCUCAAGUACGGCGCCGGCAAGAAGUACAACAUCUCCUGGGAGCUGGGCAACGAGCCUAACGCCUACCGCAGCAUGGUGGGUCGCGCGGUCAACAGCACCCAACUGGCUCAGGACUACACCAAACUGCGGACUCUGCUGCAGUCUGUGCGCUACUACCACCGAGCUCACCUCUUCGGCCCCAAUGCAGGACGACCCCGGAAGAACGCCAUCCUGCUGCUGGACGGGUUCAUGAAGAACGCUGGCUCUGUUGUAGAUGCAGUUACGUGGCAACAUUAUUACAUGGAUGGCAGAGUGAACAAAGCGGAGGACUUCCUGAAAACACGUCUUUUGGACACACUGACAGAGCAGAUCACCAAAGUCACCAAGGUGGUGAACGCUCACACUCCUGGUAAGAAGGUGUGGCUCGGUGGACUGGGGCCAGCGUGGGCAGGAGGUAUCAAUAACCUCUCUGACACAUACGCAGCUGGAUUUCUGUGGGUGAACACGCUGGGGAUGGCUGCUGUGCAGGGGAUUGAUGUUGUCUUGCGUCACUCGUUCUUUGACUACGGAUACACGCAUCUUGUGGACCAGCAUUUCAACCCGUUACCCGAUUACUGGUUCUCUCUGGUCUUCAAGCGUCUGGUUGGUCCAAGGGUUUUGGGUGUGCGGGUGGCUGGACUGCAGAGGAAACCGCAACCAGGACGAGUCAUCCGAGACAAGCUACGCAUCUACGCCCACUGUACCAGCUACUACAACCAUAACUAUGUGAGAGGGUCCAUAACAAUCUACAUCAUCAACCUGCAUCGAUCGAGAAAGAAAAUCAAGUUGGCGGGAACGUUACGGAACAAGACCGUCCAUCAGUACCUGCUGCAACCCUACGGCACUGAUGGACUCAAAGCCAAAGUAUCCUGGUCCAUUACUAUACGCUGAUGGAACAAGACAAAUGUACUGCUGAGAGACCCAGGUUAUAUCAACUGCACAAGCUUACCAAUCCUAAUAUUGCUCAUAUAAAAUAAACAAAAUGAAAGACCCCAAAUCUUUUUUUCCUCUGAAGAUGAAAACCUUGAUAGUAGCUGUUUUCAUAAAGUAAUUACUUUGUGCUAAAAGUCUGAAAAACAUUGACACGAGGAAAAAGGAAAAUGAGAACUUUCUGGGUCUGAAUUUAAUAAGGUGUUAAACAUAGGUCCUCCGUAAAGCUGCGGUAAAUAACUUUAAUUGAACGUUUUAGGAACAUAAGGUGAGAUUUAUGCCCAGCCAGCUUAAUGGGUGACUACCGCAGUACAAAACACGCAAAUAUACGCUUGCAUGCAGUUACUACAUCUUGUUUUGAUUGAAAUCAGGCUGUACUAAUACUAAUAAAAGUUAAUAAAGCAGAAGAUAAAUGCUAAACCUCUUUUGUCCUUUGUCAGUUAAGACUAGUUGCUAAUUUAUUAUGCAUUAUUUAUUAUAUGGAGCCCUUCACAAAGUCUUCGUUUGAAUUCCUUUUUUUAUUAGCCUUCAACAGAUGUUUUAUUAACACAUUUUUCAUUUUUUACCUAUUCCAUUUUACCUCUCAAUGCUGUCCUCAAUGUAACUCUCCCAUCUAUGAUAUAUUGCAGUCUAUGUAACAAGAUAAUUUAAUUCCUAUUUCCUCAAAAUGUCUUUUAAAAUAAAAGGUUUAUGGUUUCAGUCUCGGACGCUCUCCUCUGAGCCUCUUGGCCUGUUAUUCUGACUCAGACUUAAGCCUCAAAUCCUGGAAUAACAGCCUAAUGACCCGGGACUGUGUGUGCAUGUGUGUGUCUGUCUGUCUUUGUGUUACAUGAUACCUACAUUCGGCCUUAAUAGAGGCUGAGGCAUGAUCCUUUCAAUAACAGCGUAAUGAUGGAGGAUGUUUUAGGUGUUAGAACAGGACUGCGAGGCAAUUAAUAGGAGAGCAAGUUAACGAUGGGCCUUUUUCUGGCAUUAAGUGCUUUCCUUUACCACAGGCAGCGCAGGGAGACUUAUUUAGCAGCACCAGAUGUCUAUAAAUUUGUGUGAGUAGUGGGACUUUUUAAGGUAUUCAGGCCGAGGGAAGGCUUUGAGCGGUUUAGUUUGAUGCAUUAUUUGUCCUUAUUAACCAUAAUUUUAUUUGAUAUUUUAUUGAAUUUAUGGGAAUUUUUAGUCCCUUUAUUACCUGACAUUAUUGUGAACUUUACAAUGUUGCAGGAAAAACUGAUUACAGCAGCACCUGAAAGUUGAAAAGUUGAGCUGUUAGAGGUAACAUUGGCUUUCUUUGGAACGUGACUUAUUAUGUUACAUUUCACAUUUGCUGAUAGUUAAAAUGAAUCAUGCAUGGAUAAAGAUAAAAUAUGUAAAUUGAAAAAAUUGUAAAAGUUAUUCUCAAAAAAAUAAUGCAGCAGGAAUAUAUUACAAAACCUCCUGCUGGAUUUAGUAAAUUUCUGUUGAUUAUUAUGCAAACUUUUUUUGAUAAUUACCCUUGUACUUAUCCUAUUAUCCAUUUGUAAAAGUAUGCACAUUGCACCUUGACUUACAAGUGUGCUGUGUUAAAGCAACUCUUAAAAAACUAUUACGGCUAUAAAAUGAGGUCAUGUUAGGAGAUAAAAGAAAGAAAAGGAGCUAAUUGCCAUUUUUACUAGUUUUUACAAACACCUGGCAGGUGGCUGCACAUUCUGUUUGUCUGUGCAAAGAGAGUAGAGAGAUAAUAAGUUUUAUUUUUGCAUUUAUAGCUAGUGAAGACUGCAUUGGUCUUGGACACAAUUAGAAAAGCAGCAUUUUUCAAUUAGGUCGCAUAUCUAGUUUCAAAUCUUCUUCAGUGCCAAAGCAAAACUAAAAAGAAAACAUUUUUAAGACCCAAGUUAACGAAUUUUAUUUUUGCAUCAUGAGAUAUUGUUGAAGAUAGAUUGAGUUAUAGCAAACUGUAUCUCAGGAAACAAUUGUUUUAAGGAAAGUGACAAGUCAAAUUCUAUCAACAUAAUAUUUUAAUGAAUUGUUUUUGGAAACCAUGUUCCAAAUACGUUAGAAAUCAUUUUUGCAGCUCUGUUAUUGUUACUGCAAGGAGCAGCAGCAGUGAUUGUGGCUGAAAUUUUUUUCUUUGCUUUAGGCAUCAAGUUUCAAUCCAGGCAGUUCCACUCAAAAUGUCAGGUGUUAUGUCUGUGUAGUUGUUUAAUUGCAAAAUUGUAACAGCAGCACCCCCAAGUGUUCAACCAGCAGAGUCAUAAUCCUGACUGCAACUGCAGGAAAUUAUUCAGAUUCUCUGUCUUUGAGGUGUAAAGCCUCGUUUUUCUCCAUUUUUAUGUGCCAGAAGGCAGGUGAGGAGCAAAAUCAGAAGUUUGUGAAGUUUGGUGAUGAAACUGAAGCACACUGAGGAAGGAGAGUCUGUAUUUCCUGCCUUCUUCUCUUCGCAGACAUGUCCAGCUGAAUGGGGAGAAGCUGCUCAUGGUGGACAAUGAGACCUUCCCGGAGCUGAAGCCUAAGACACUGAGGGCUGGAAGGACAAUAGCGAUGCCGCCCAUGACCAUAGGCUUUUAUGUCAUCAAAAACAUUAACGC